AAAGCUGUAGUUUAUUAAAAGAUUGUAACAGAUUUAGGCCUAGGGGUUAACAGAAAAAGGAAUUCAGGGAAACAGACAGCAUAUGUACAAAGGACAAUAUAAGUGUAUGGGUAUGGGGUUCUCAGGAGUCACUUUUAGAGUGUCUUGAUAGUAGCCACGUAUAUAAUUUUGGUGGUGACUUCUGAAGUUAUAUUUUAAGGGUUGCUAUGAAUUUUUUUUCCUAAAUGAGAUUGUGGGUGGGCUCUAAGGUGCACUGAGUAGGGUUACAGGUGAUUAGGAUUGUGCAAGGGGGUUAAAACACGGCUUUUUGUUGUGUCUCUUCCAGUCAGGGUCUCGUGUAUCCCAAACUGGCUCAACUUUGUUACACAGCCAAGGCUUACUUUGGACUCCUCGUUCACCUCCCAAUGCUGAUAUCACAGCCAUGCAGCACCACACUAUGACUAUUUUUCUUCUUCUUUUUCUAUAAACAAAGUCUACAAUCUUAUUUGUGAGAUUUCCAGAAAAUUGCAGGCUUAUAUCUGGGAAAGGGAUUAAAGUCAUAUAUGCUUGGACAUUAAACAUGGUUCACUGCCAUUUUACCAUUUUUUUAAAAAAAAAAUCCCUAUAAAAGGAAUAUUGUCUGUUUAUGCAAAGUUCACAGCAAUUUUUAAUUGUGAUGGAAUUCUUGACUUUCACUUCGCCAGAGGCUUGAGGAUACUCUGGAAUGAGAAGCCCCUUUCCUGUCCCAUGUCCACUUCAUUUUCUCUGUCUUUCUAUACUGCUUCAAGUUUACUUAGAUGACAAAGUGUGAUACCCACAGACUCCAGGUUCUCAAUGAAGAGGGGCCUUGCUGUGUGUAUAUAACAGGAUGCAGCGAACAGCGAAACUAGCGAAACCAUCCGGCUGCUGAGGGAGCCAAUGUAGGAGAAGCAGGUCCCAUUUAUCAGGUAGAGUCAGUGGGCUGGGUACCGCUCGACCUUGGGGGCGAGCGACCUCGAGGACAUCGAAAUCCACUGGUCCUGGUUGCUAGCUCAGGAGUCCACAGCACCCGGAGAGCCCACACUUCCAGGCAGGGGCUCAACCAACUCGGUGGGUGUGAGCAGGCUGGCGCGAGUGCCUCUAACGCUGAACUGUUUGCGUUCACGUGUGCGCAGCGGGGGCGGGAAAGCCCCGCCCUGGCGCGGGAGGGGGGCAGCGGGAUUAAAGGCCACCCGGCCGGACCGGGCCGGGGGACCUGACUGUUGCCAGCUCCCGGAUCGGCGCAGAGCGCUGCGGCAGAGAACGCAGCAGGAACUCACCACGGUAUGCCUGUUGGCUCCCAGAGCUGAGCAGCCGCGAUGUGGCACUGGGUUCUGAGACCAGGCUGGAAGCCGCUGCUGGUGCUGGCACUGACCAGCCUGCGAGGGGCGAGGGCUGCUGAGGAAGAACCGAGCGCAGAUGGGACCUUCCAGGUGAUUACCUUCAAAUGGCACCACGUCCAGGAUCCAUACAUCAUCGCGCUUUGGAUUCUCGUGGCAAGCUUGGCAAAAAUCGUCUUUCACCUGUCCCACAAGGUCACCAGUAUCGUCCCUGAGAGCGCUCUGCUCAUCGUUCUGGGCCUGGUGCUAGGCGGCAUCGUCUGGGCAGCUGACCACAUUGCCUCCUUCACACUCACACCCACGCUCUUCUUCUUCUACCUGCUGCCCCCUAUUGUGUUGGAUGCUGGAUACUUCAUGCCCAAUCGACUCUUCUUUGGUAACCUGGGCACCAUUCUGCUAUAUGCUGUCAUUGGCACUAUAUGGAAUGCAGCCACCACAGGAUUGUCCCUCUAUGGUGUCUUCCUCAGUGGCCUAAUGGGUGAGCUGAAGAUUGGACUACUGGAUUUCCUGCUUUUUGGUAGUCUCAUUGCUGCUGUGGACCCAGUGGCUGUGUUGGCUGUGUUUGAGGAAGUCCAUGUCAAUGAAGUUCUUUUCAUCAUUGUUUUUGGAGAGUCACUGCUGAAUGAUGCAGUGACUGUGGUCUUGUACAAUGUUUUUGAGUCUUUUGUGACGCUGGGUGGUGACAAGGUGACUGGCGUGGAUUGUGUGAAAGGCAUAGUGUCCUUCUUCGUGGUGAGCCUAGGGGGGACUCUGGUGGGUGUUAUCUUCGCCUUCCUGCUGUCCUUGGUGACUCGCUUCACCAAGCAUGUGCGUAUCAUCGAGCCUGGCUUCGUCUUUGUCAUUUCCUACCUGUCCUAUCUGACCUCCGAGAUGCUGUCCUUGUCAGCCAUCCUGGCCAUCACCUUUUGCGGCAUCUGCUGUCAGAAGUACGUGAAGGCCAACAUCUCAGAGCAGUCGGCCACCACUGUGCGCUACACCAUGAAGAUGCUGGCCAGUGGAGCAGAGACCAUCAUCUUCAUGUUCCUGGGCAUCUCAGCUGUGGACCCCCUCAUUUGGACAUGGAACACGGCUUUUGUGUUGCUGACGCUGGUCUUCAUUUCUGUAUACCGAGCCAUUGGUGUUGUUCUGCAGACCUGGAUCCUGAAUCGUUACCGCAUGGUGCAGCUAGAGACCAUUGACCAGGUGGUCAUGUCCUAUGGUGGCCUGCGUGGGGCCGUGGCCUAUGCCUUGGUGGUACUUCUGGAUGAGAAAAAAGUCAAGGAGAAAAAUCUGUUUGUUAGCACCACCCUCAUCGUGGUCUUCUUCACAGUCAUCUUUCAGGGCCUGACCAUCAAGCCCCUGGUGCAGUGGCUAAAGGUGAAGAGGAGUGAGCAGCGUGAGCCGAAGCUCAACGAGAAGCUCCAUGGCCGGGCUUUCGACCACAUCCUCUCAGCCAUUGAGGACAUCUCAGGACAAAUUGGACACAAUUAUCUCAGAGAUAAGUGGUCCAAUUUUGAUAGGAAGUUCCUCAGCAAAGUCCUCAUGAGAAGAUCGGCUCAAAAAUCUCGAGAUCGGAUUCUGAACGUUUUCCAUGAGCUGAAUUUGAAGGAUGCUAUUAGCUAUGUGGCUGAGGGAGAGCGCCGUGGGUCCCUGGCCUUCAUUCGCUCCCCAAGUACGGACAAUAUGGUCAAUGUGGACUUCAGCACACCCCGCCCAUCUACUGUGGAAGCAUCUGUCUCCUAUCUCUUGAGGGAGAAUGUCAGUACUGUAUGCCUGGAUAUGCAGUCCUUGGAGCAGAGGCGGAGAAGCAUCCGUGACACUGAGGACAUGGUUACCCACCACACACUGCAGCAGUACCUGUAUAAGCCUCGGCAGGAGUACAAGCAUCUCUAUAGUCGGCAUGAGCUAACACCCAACGAGGAUGAAAAGCAGGACAAGGAAAUCUUUCACAGGACCAUGAAGAAGCGUCUGGAGUCCUUUAAGUCAGCUAAGCUAGGCAUCAACCAGAACAAGAAGGGAGCCAAGCUGUACAAGAGGGAGCGUGCACAGAAGCGGAGGAACAGCAGCAUUCCUAAUGGGAAGCUGCCUAUGGAGAACCUGGCACACAACUUCAUCAUCAAGGAGAAAGAUUUGGAACUUUCAGAGCCUGAGGAGGCCACCAACUAUGAAGAGACCAGUGGGGGCAUCGAGUUUCUGGCCAAUGUCACCAAGGAUGUAACCUCUGACUCUGGGGCAGGAAUUGAUAAUCCUGUGUUCUCCCCUGACGAGGACUUGGAUCCAAGCAUCCUAUCCAGGGUGCCACCUUGGCUGUCCCCUGGGGAGACCGUGGUGCCCUCCCAGAGGGCCCGUGUCCAGAUUCCCAACUCUCCCAGCAACUUCCGCCGUCUGACGCCAUUCCGCCUCAGCAACAAAUCAGUGGAUUCCUUCCUGCUGGCCGAUGGCGCCGAGGAACAGCUCCAACCCACUUCCCCUGAGUCCACACACAUGUAACUGGCUUCUUCCUCUAACGCUGCUCUCUUCCCAGCUACUGCCUCCAGGCCUCUCUCCUGGACCUGCACUUCUUCAGACUCCAGCAGCUUUCUUCACUCUGUAGACUCUGUCUUAGUCCUCUGUCCUGCUGUGUGUUUCUUAGGAGACUGAUGGAGGAUUCCCAUUUGAGUCUGCUUCUCUAGCUAAUGUGCAGCAGCCAGAUACAUUUGAAGCCUGGCAUGGUGGUGUAUGCCUGUAACCCCAGCAUUUACAAGGGAUAGGUAGGAGGACUAAGGGUUUGAGGCCAGCCUGGGCAACAGAAGUAUCCUGUGGUCAGGUCUCAUGCUCAUUUCAGAUGAAAAUGAAAAUUUUUUUUUCCGUCUGGUAGACAUUUGUAGAAGCUUUUUAUUAGUCUAGUGGGAAAUGAAAUGAAGCACACUCCUUCACAAUUGGAAAUUCUGGCCAGCCCUGCUGGCCAGGCCUGAUAGCACUUUACAUGGGUGUAUAUAUAAACAGUGGCUCUUUCCUAAGAAAAUCCAAUUUUGAAAUGAUGUAGCAGGGACAGGAAACCUGCAUGGCUCCAGUGCUCUUCCACCUGCUCCUUGUUUCUGUCUCUGAGCACCCUCCACCCCCCUUUUGAGACAGGGUUUCCCUGUGUAGCCUUGGCUGUCCUGUAACUAGCUUUGUAGACCAGGCAGGUCUGGAACUCAGAAAUCUGCCUGCCUCUGCCUCCUGAGUGCUGGGAUUAAAGGCCUAGCUUUUUUCAUCAUUCUUAAACCCUACUGUUUUGAAGCAGA